AUGGACUUACAGUUAUUGGAUGAUGUGGAAGCCGUAGCUGUUGCAUACGCGCUACACAAACGAAAUAAAAAGCAAAAAACAAAAUUACCGAAAAGGCGUUAUUGGGUACAUCCAAUUAAUUUGAAAAGACCACAAGAAGGACAAUUUAAUGUCAACUUUAUGAUACUGCGAGCACAUCCAGAAAAGUUUCAAAUGUACUAUCGAAUGUCCAUACAGUCGUUCGAUGAAUUGAUUUCAUUAAUUGGACCAUAUGUAACAAAACAGAUAACGAAUAUGCGCAUCCCAAUUUCCAAAGAAGAAAGGCUGACAAUUACUUUAAGGUGA